AAUUCAUUUUCUUUUAGCUGAAUCUCGCUCCCUCAUCCACGGCGGCGCCUCCCCAAUCAGAUUUCUCUUCCCUUCUCUCUCUCACACACAAAAAUACUCAAAAAUAAAAACACACUUCAAAAUCGAGAAAUGGCCGUGUUACAGACGAAUUUCCUGCAAUGCCCUUUGGCUUCAAUUUCAUCUUUCUCGGCAUCACCUUCUUCUGCAAUUAAUCGCGUUUCUGUAAAAUUUAUGGUUUCUUGUUGUUCCGUUGCGUCGCCAAUUACUCUAGUCAACGGAAAUGUAGAUAACAGGCCAUCCGAGAGAAACGAAGUUCGGCUCGGGUUGCCGAGUAAAGGCCGAAUGGCAACGGAUACUCUCGAACUUCUCAAGGAUUGCCAAUUAUCAGUGAGGCAGGUGAAUCCACGACAAUAUGUAGCUGAAAUUCCUCUGCUUCCAAAUUUAGAAGUUUGGUUUCAACGGCCAAAAGACAUUGUGAGAAAAUUGGUUUCUGGAGAUUUAGACCUUGGUAUUGUCGGUCUUGAUACAGUUUCAGAAUAUGGGCAGGGGAAUGAAGAUCUUAUCCUUGCCCAUGAUGCUCUUGAGUACGGAGAUUGUCAUUUAUCUUUAGCAAUACCCAAGUAUGGCAUUUUUGAGAACAUAAACUCUUUGGAAGAGCUAGCACAGAUGCCACAAUGGACUCCUGGAAGACCUCUGAGAAUUGCUACUGGCUUCACAUAUUUGGCUCCAAAGUUUAUGAAAGAUAAUGGAUUGAAGCAUGUCACUUUUUCAACAGCUGAUGGAGCCCUGGAAGCAGCUCCUGCAAUGGGAAUAGCCGAUGCUAUUGUGGACCUUGUGAGCAGUGGAACCACAUUGAGAGAAAAUAAUUUGAAAGAAAUUGAAGGUGGACUUAUCGUGGAAAGUCAGGCUGUCCUUGUUGCUAGUAGAAAAUCAUUGACCCAGCGAAAAGGCGUGCUUGAUAUAACUCAUGAAAUGCUUGAAAGACUGGAGGCACAUUUGAGGGCUGCUGGUCAAUUCAUGGUAACAGCCAACAUGAGGGGAAGCUGUGCAGAGGAAGUGGCUGAGCGAAUACUAAGCCAAACAUCUUUAUCUGGGUUGCAGGGACCAACUAUCAGCCCAGUUUUUUGUAAACGUGAUGGGAAGGUGUCAGCAGAUUAUUAUGCCAUAGUUAUUUGUGCUCCAAAGAAAGAACUUUACAAGUCUGUUCAGCAGCUUAGGGCGAUUGGAGGUAGUGGGGUUCUGAUUUCUCCUUUGACCCACAUCUUCGACGAAGAAACUCCAAGAUGGCGUCAACUUCUUUCGAACUUGGGGAUGGGGUUCUGAUUUCUCCUUUGACCCACAUCUUCAACGAAGGAACUCCGAGUUGGUGCCAACUUCUUUCGAACUUGGAGCUUUAGGCAUAUCCAGUUUACCUUCGUCUCCAAGCAAGCGGGAAUACAGCAAAGCUUUGUGAAAUUGUUUACUUCGAGUUUUUCUUGAUACCUCAAGUUUUUGCGGAUAUAUAUAAUAAUUUUCGAGUUGUGCAAUUAAUUUACUUCCUGUGUGGUAAAACUUGUAGUUACAUUAUACAAGAAACUGGGCACUCAUUUCAGCAUCA